AUGUGCCGACGUGCCGAGCCCCGACCCGCCCGAGUGGACGGACGCCGUCCAAUCGUUUUCGUCACCAGCUUCCAGGCUUGCACAGCUGCUCCAAUGAUCCAAUCCCGUCCCUCGAGUCCCCACCCGUCAGAUCGGAAACGCCAAUACGCGCAGCGCACCUAUCCCCCACUACCACCGGCAACCGACGGACCCCGCACCCACUCCACCCCCUCCCCCUCCGGCAGCCCGACCGACGCCGCAGCCGCCGCGAUGGGCCGCAAGCUCGCGCUCCUGGUGGGCAUCAACUACCCCGGCACCAAGGCCGAGCUCAAGGGCUGCCACAACGACGUUGACCGCAUGCACAAGUGCCUCGUCGACCGGUUCGGCUUCGACGAGGACAACAUCACCGUCCUCCUCGACCGCGGCUCCUCCGGGCCGCAGCCCACCGGCGCCAACAUCCGCCACGCGCUGGCCAAGCUCGUCGGGGACGCGCGCCGUGGGGACUUCCUCUUCUUCCACUACAGCGGCCACGGCACGCGGCUGCCGGCCGAGACCGGGCAGGACGACGACACCGGGUACGACGAGUGCAUCGUGCCCAGCGACAUGAAUCUCAUCACAGAUCAAGAUUUCAGAGAUCUCGUGCAGAAGGUCCCGGAUGGUUGCAUAUUUACCAUUGUCUCCGACUCAUGCCACAGUGGUGGCCUACUGGACAAGGCAAAGGAACAGAUAGGCAAUAGCACCAAGCAGAAUCAGACCCAGUCUCGUGAAUCCGAAGAAGAGCGAUCUCAUUCUGGCGGCGGGUUCCGGUCCUUCCUCAAAGAGACCGUUUGUGACGCAUUUGAGUCUCAUAGCCGCCACGGAGGUGAGGACCAGGAUGAGCAACCAACUGGGGAUGGCCUCACUAAAAACCGUUCUCUGCCACUCUCAACACUUAUUGAGAUGCUCAAGGAGCAAACUGGGAAGGAUGACAUCGAGGAGGGCUCAAUCCGGCUGACUCUGUUUAACGUCUUCGGGGACGAUGCCAGCCCAAAGAUCAAGAAGUUCAUGAAAGUCAUGCUUGAUAAGUUCCAUGAAGGUGGAUCAGGUGAGCAGGGCGGUGUGAUGGGCAUGGUUGGUUCGCUAGCUCACCAGUUCCUGAAGGCUAAGCUUGACGGCACAGAGGAAGAGACUUUCAAGCCAGCGAUAGAACAAGAUAUGGGCAGUGCUGAGGAGGCGUAUGCCGGGACUAAGUCAUGGGCGCCGAACAACGGCAUCCUCAUCAGCGGGUGCCAAACCAGCCAGACAUCAGCAGAUGCCACCAUACCGGGGGGUACGUCCUUCGGCGCGAUGAGCAAUGCCAUCCAGGCCAUUCUCGCGAGCGAUGAUGGAAAGAUAACAAACAAGGAUCUGGUUAUGAAAGCACGCGCGGCGCUGUCCAAGCAAGGAUACACUCAGCAGCCUGGGCUCUACUGCAGUGAUGAGCAUGUUCAUGUGGCUUUCAUCUGCUGA